UUUUUUUUUUUUUAAGAUGCCCAAACUUCUCAAAUCCCCCCCCCCCCUUUUUUUUUUUCUUUCUAUCUUGCCAUUAUGUUCUGGCCAUAGGUUUGUUGUGCGUAUGACAACAAUCAUUUACGUCUUUUUCCCUAUACUCUAUGGGCAGGCAUUCUGCGAAAAGUUCAUCUUCCGAGGUCUUUUCCAUGAAGGAAAUGAAAUCGAAUUUUUGUUCCGCUUUGAGGAUGUUAAGUCAUGCUUUCUUAUUGCUAGACUGGCCUGUACAACACUGUUUUCAUUCGCCUUCUAUUUCCCCCAACUCAUUCCAUCCCGGGGCACAUUGCUUUCUUGCCCGUUCGAUACUUUCGGUUGCCGUGGUGCCUUGGAGUCUGGGUCUUGUGUUUUCCUGCUCUUUGCUGCUGCGUAUCCAAGGUGUCGUCUAGGACUGGGUCAUGUUUCCUCACUCAAUCUUCGUUAUUCUGUAGCUGCUGGGUUGAACGUGCUUACUUGCCACCUUAGCGACCUUUUGGAGUCCCGGUUGAAGGCUACUGUAUGCGUUUCUAGGAUGUGGGCGGCAUAAUGUUGACAUCAUGACCAAAAUCUGGGCGCUUUAGUAUUGCGAUUCUUAGUAGGUGCAUUUCCGUCCUGUCCGGUUGAGGCGCUUUGACAACUUCUCUGGACACCGGUGGGCACUUUGUGUUUCCCUUUGUCACUAUUCUUAUGGAUGAUUCCCCGUUCGCUAGGCAGUGAACUCUCUUCUGUUGCUUUUGUCCUGGCGCUUUCAUUUCUCUUUUGAGUCGAGAUGGCGAGAUGCAGACCGCCAGCCUUGAGUCCCCGGCGCAUGGAGACAGACGGUGUUCGAUAUUCCUCAAUUCUCUCUUGGUGUAAUUUCUCUUCAUAUCAUUAGGGCUCGUAUACAAUAGAGCAUCUACGUACCCA